UAAAAAAUUGUUUCGAGUUUUUUCAAAUAAUUCAGAUAUGUUUCCCAAUUUGGCAAAUCUUCCAGGCAGGGAUAUUGUGAGUGAAACAGGGACAAACGAACCAGUUUGUUUAUCCUUACACUUAAUGCCUUCUUGUAAAUGCAAAGUUUCAGUCCCGUCAAAAAAGGAUAUUCAUAAUAUUGAAACAAAUAAAAAAGAUUGGGCUAAAACAAGUAAUUGCAAAAGGAAUGAUAUUGAAUUCAUUGAUUUUUUGUCUCGCGAGAUUUCUAAAAACUGUGGCGCAUCUACUCCAGUUGAAGAAUCCAACUCAGAUGAUCGACUAGAUGGCGUUGAACUCAGAAUUUGGAAUCCGGGGCUUCCGAGAAGAAGGGCAAUGGGGGUUGAAAUAGUUCCAUGCAAUCAAGUUCUACCUAUGAAUCCAAUAACAUUUGAGGAUGAAAUAUUACAGCAGGAAGAUCCAAUUGUAAUGGGGAAUGAAAUAAUUCCAUACGUUCAAGUUCAAACCCCGAAUUCAAUAAUAAUGGAGGAAGAAAUAUUACAACACGAAGAUCCAAUACUGAUGGGGAAUGAAAUAGUUCCAUACGAUCAACUUCAACCUCCAAAUCCAAUAAUAAUGGAUGCUGAAAUAAUUCAACAGUUUCAGAUUGAAGAUGAGGAUCCUGAUCAUUGGAGAAUCACGAAAGUGUUGACAAAAAGUGAUGUUGAUGGUUCCUCAAGACUCUUGAUCGGAAGAAACCAAGUGUUGGCACAUAUUGCACCUUUCUUUACAAACGAUCCAUCUAAAUUUUGCCAGAAUAAUGAGGGACUAAGGUUCGCAGUUUUAGAUGUCGAUACGCGUAUAGAGUACAUGUUGACGCUUAAAAAAUGGAAGACUAACAGUUUUGUGCUGUUGGAUAAAUGGAAGAAACACUUCGUGGACAGGAGGACACUCGAGGAGAACGAUGAGGUGGGCCUUAGAUGGGAUGUUAACGCUUCAAGAUUGGAAUUUACUGUACUUAGAAGGCACCAUAAUCAGGAAUGAGAUUGACAUUUGUUGCCAGAUGAUCGAGCUUGUGCGUCUUGAAUAAAGAUUCUGAAGUAGAUGAUCAAGGGUAGAUACAAAUAAAUGAUUUCAAACUUUUUACGUUACAGUAUGGGUUUUAGAAUUUUUUUUGUGUCAUUUAAUGUUUUGUUGGUAGUAGUAAAGUUUUUUUAAGUUCUGAUUAUCC